CAGGGGGGUUUGUUGCUGUUGGCCGUGCUUCUGAGUACCUUGCUUCUUGUGGUCUACCGACUGGGGGGCAGCGCCCCCUGGCUCUGCACUUCCUCAGGUUGGAACAUAACUUGCUACGAGUACAAUGGAAUUACACCCAGUGGACUGCAAAUACCCUCAGCCGACCGAGGACACUCGUCAUCAGAACACACAACACUUUCACAAGUGAGUCAAGUUGACACCUCGAGGAGCGCUAGUGAUGAAGUCAGCAGUUCACUGGGAAACUUAUCGAGUCCUCUUCUAUCGGCCGAAUCACUUCUCAAACAAGAAGGAGUCAAACUUUAUAAAUUUAUUGAAGCUUUAUUAAACAAUACCGGAAAGCCUGCAAACAACGCAGAAUCACAUUCAUUUUUUACUAAUCAUGGCUGGGAAAGUGACGAUUAUUCUUCUGAAGAAGUGACUCGUUAUGAAAAUGGAGAGCAAUAUACUUCCAGCUUCACAACUUUUGAAGGUACGUCCGAACUAACAGACUUCCCUUUCGAUGUCACUGCUUCCAUUCUUACAUACGAGUCAUCCGCUACAACGACGUCGCUGGCGUCGAAAACUACCCAUGCUGUAACAACCGCAUGGACACCCUACACAACACAUCUGCAAGAUAAUUAUAAUUAUUAUGAACGGGAUGGUACUGAACCUGUAAAAUUUCUGUCUCAGUUAACGACAUUUCAAUGGAACAAAUAUUUUACCCGGAAUUUUGAAGAUACUACGAAAGAAACCCAACCGGAAUAUUUCUACGAUACUUCUCAUCCCACUGAAAGCGUCGCAACUGGCCCAGGCACAGUAAAGAUAUCAGAUGCUAAAUCUUUUUCUUUCACUUCCAAGCAUACGACAAAAGCAGCGACGUCGAUUACCGAGAAUAAAUUACUGGAAACCACAUGGAACGGAAAUUUUGAAAUCGUUACUAGUUUUUCAAACGACAGUGAAAGUGUCAUUAAUUCUUCACUAUCAAUAACAAAAGUGUCUGAAGAAAAAGGAUUUACGAGCUCUAAUUCAAGCGCUACUACUCCAAUUUCGCUGAAUAAUGAAUUUGAGAACACGGCAAAAUUCAAUGCAGGAAUGCGCGAUCCAGCGAUCAGGUCUGAACAACGCCGCUCGCUCCACGACAACACCACUGAAGACAUUGCUGCAGUAAGCGACGCAGAGGUUUUCGAUAAUUCCGAAGCUUGGCAAUCCAAAACAUCUCGCACGCAGCAGCAAAAUUUUGCUGACGAUGUGCGAGAACGAGAGGAAGCGUUUACAGAUAAAUACGUCAAUUGUGCUGGUGACAAGACAAAUGCAACUCUUUCAGUGGCGCAAUCCUGUGCGUUAAAACUGAGGGUGGCUAAAGCGGCGAGGGAUUCAUUAAAUUUCACCCUUCUGAACCAAAAGCAGACCACCGCAUGGCUUGUUUCACAACACGACUCGCCAGCCCCACGUGACCAACAGCACAUCAAAAACAUUUUGUAUUGGGUCGAAAAGGACCCACCAGUGUACACCCGAGGCCCAGAGUUCUUCCAGGAAAAUCAGUGUCCGGUGAGCAACUGUCGGGUGAUCGCUGACCGCAGCCUCGUCAGACCCGAUGACGUGCACGCCAUCGUCUUGCACUCUUGGUGGCUCCUCAGAUCUCCUCGUCCUGUCAAGCUUCCUUCCAAGCGCGAGUUCGUGAACGCAAAAAUGAUCCUGCAGACAGGAGAGGCGCCCAUCAGGCAUCCAGGCAACUUCCAUGCUUUCGACGGCCUCAUCGACUACACUUUCGGCUACCGGCGUGACUCAGACAUCGUUAAAACGAGAGGCUCCGUGGUGCCUCGUUCUUGGACGCCCACAACAGGAGAUGUAACACCGCUACCCCUCGCCAGCUCCAAAACAAAGAUGGCCGCCUGGUUCGUCUCCAACUGUCAUGACGCUCCCAGUGGCCGAAUGAAGCUGGCGAUGGCGCUGCGGCGACACGGCGUCGAGGUCGACAUCUUCGGAGGCUGCGGCAACGCUACAUGUGCGCCUGCGCAGGACGCGCGAUGCUACGAAAUGCUGCACCGAAACUACAAAUUUUAUUUGUCCUUCGAGAAUUCCCUGUGCAAUCAUUACGUCACAGAGAAAUUCUACAACAUCCUUAAGUACGACGUAGUGCCCGUGACGUACGGCUUGGGGCACGAGCUAACGGGUGCUCCACGUGACGCGUACGUCGACGCACUGGAUUUCCCGGACAUCGCGACGUUGGCAAAGCACCUCUUGUAUCUCAACGCUAACGCCACCGCAUACAACGCUUAUUUCAGGUGGAAGAAGUUCUACGAGGUACAGCCUCACUACGGCAGAAGGAGCGCCUUAUGUCAGCUGUGCGAGGUGGCGGGGGGCGCUGUGCCCCCCCUGCGCCAGUACCCCAACAUGGCGGCGUGGCAGCAGCAGGGCCAGUGUCUCGACGCCCGGCACGACCUCACGAUCAGGGACUUCCUUGAUGACAGGCAAUGAGUGCACGGCUUCAGUCAAUGCACGAUGGCUUUAGUCAUUGCAUGAUGGCUUCAUUCAUUGCAGGGCAAAGUUAUGUAAUCACUUCAGAUAUUAUUUUACUCUAUCAAUUUAUCUUAGUCUUAAUCUCAAUCCACGGAGAGUGGUGGCAUGCGCGCGCUCAGGAACCCAAAUAAUCUUUUAUUUUAGUUUCAGUGCGGGCUCCUUUUAAUAUAUUAAAUGUUUGGUCUUCUGGAAAUACGUUUGAUGACAUAGGAGAGUUUAGAUAGAUGCUAGGAUAACUUUUAAUGGCAAGCGAUUAGUUGUUAAUUGAAUAAGUGAUGAAUGUAGAGGUCUAUUAAUCAAAUAAAA